AUGAUCGUCUAUCGCUUCCUCAUCUUGGGCCUGGCGAUCCUCGUCCCAACCACCGUUUGCCGAGCGACGCAAAAGAUCCUCGACGCGCCCGAGUGUGAUGGAUCAGGCCUGAUUGACCCCGACAGUCCAAGUCGUUGCAGCGGCGAUGGCCUCGUCCCGAACCCUGACCACUCCGGCCACUCGGGCCACCGCGAGGGCUUCCGGUUCGAGAAUCCGUCCACCAACUGCCGAUACGUGUCGCAGAUGCAUAUCUGGGAUGCAUUCAAGGACCUCGAGAAGGACAUGACCAAGCUGUUUCGACUGAUCAACAAGGAUGUCGAUUUCACCGUGAUGGGCCACCACCCCAUUGCGGGGCGAUAUCACGACCUGAUGCAUUUCUAUGUUAAUGCCCUUCGCCGGGUGAGCGUGCUAUUUUAUGACCAUGCCGACAAGUUUGAGAUUCAUCCUCAGGCCAUCCACGGCGGCUGCAAUAGCCAGUGGUCGGUGCAGGAGAUCCAGUUCAAGGGUAUCAUGAAUUCCGGGAGCCCGUUCGAAGUCGUCAAUGUGUGGGUCACCCGUUGGGAUCACAACAAGCAGAUGGUGGAGAUCCGCACGUACAUUGACCAAGGACGGAUCACGGAGGCGCUCCAUCAGAACGAGAUCUGGUGGAACGCGUCCAGCGCCCGCGACAAUCUGCGGUACAUGCCCGGCCCUGCAGGAAUGCCCAAUCUCGAAGAGUUGGAAGAUCUGCUGGGCUACCCAGACGGGCGUAAGUAUGAAGAUUGA